AUGUUUUAUCUUCUAAUUCCAUUUUACACUUACUUUGAACAGCAAUUACAACAUGCUUCAGAGGGGAAGAACAAGACUGUUCAGUUCAUAAAUUUAAGAAAUGUGGGAACUGUCUAUGAUGCAAGCUGUUUAGAUGAGACCGCUUACGAAAAACUGGCUGAAGAAACACUGGACUCCUUAGCAGAUUUCUUUGAGGACCUGACAGAUAAGCCUUUUACUCCAGAAGAUUACGAUGUUUCUUUAGGAAGUGGAGUUCUAACAGUUAAAUUAGGUGGAGACAUGGGAACAUAUGUAAUCAAUAAGCAAACACCUAACCGGCAGAUUUGGCUGUCCUCACCCACUAGUGGGCCAAAGCGAUAUGACUGGACUGGUCGGAAUUGGGUGUAUUCUCAUGACAGAGUAUCGCUUCAUGAGCUACUAUCAAGAGAACUUUCAACAGCAUUAAAAACUAAAUUGGAUUUGUCCUGCUUAAUAUAUUCUGGAAAAGAAGAUACUUGA